AUGGAAGGCGUAGGAUCGAGAUUGAGCCGUACAUCGUCGAGAUACAGUGGUCCGGCGGCGACGGCGGUUUUCAGCGGCCGUGUGAGGAAGUGGAAGAAGAAGUGGAUACGUGUCUCGACCUCCUCCGUCGGCGUUUUCCGAGCUUCUAAAUCCAACGGUCGCAACAAUUCUCCUCACCAUCUGCUUCUCCACAAGUGGACCCCACUUCCUUCGGCGACGGCUACUGCCUCCGACGCCAACGGUUCCGGUGAGACGGAGGAGCCUCCCAAGCGAAGAUUCAGAUAUGCUCCAGUUGCGAUGCUUGAGCAUAGAGAGAAAGUGGCUACUAAAGAUUCCGAAAUUGAAGCUCUUGCAGAAGAAGAGGCUGACGAAUUCGACACUGAAUCGCCACUACCUAGAGCCGUUGAGCUGGACAUGAACGUAGCAGACACAGACCAAAAAAUGAAAGCAAAAACAACUGGUCUUCUGAACCUCGGACUGUGUCUGAAUUCUGAAGGGACUGAGGAAGAAUGA